AUGGACAGGGAUGAGCUCUUUAAAAGAGGUGAAGCUUUACACGCAGCCUGGCCUGUAUCCCGGGACCGGCCGCUGAGCCAGAGAGACGGGAUUCUGUCCCGGACGUAUUGGGCUGGGCUCCGGGAGCGGGGGCAGGGGCAGGGCAGUGCUGUUCCGGAGCCCGCGCCCCUGCCCGGCGCUCCGCGCUGCUCCGGCUGUGCCCGGGGUGAGCGGCAUCCUCCGGGCCCGGGCUCCGGUCGCCCCCGGCCGCCUCCGCCGUGCGCCCCGCGGCUCUCCGGCCUCGCACCGCCCGGCCUGGAUGGAGGAAGUCUCAAUAUGCAUCACCAAACCCAAGCUCCAAAGACAAGUGCCAACAGCUGUCGAAGCAUAAAGGUAGCGUACCUUUUUUCAGCAUCUUUGAAGCCAUGGGAGUAAAAACCAACAGGCCUCGUCGGACCCUCAGGGCCCCGCUGCCAUAUGCGUACUGACAGCCCUGAGGAGGCAAAUCCCCAUUCCACCCGAAAAGGAUCUGUAGGAUGAAUAGGGCCCAGGGCCUGGUGAGCUGUUGCUUCAAAAAUCAACAAUUGCAGUGCUUCUUCUUGAGAAGCAGUCCAUUCCCAUUUUAUCCCUUUUCUCAGCAAGUUAUAAAGAGGUCUGGCAAUUAUGGAAAAAUCUGGGAUGUGUUUUCUCCAGAACACUAAUAAUCCUAAAGCAUGUUGGCAAUCUUUUUCGGAUUCAGGCAUUUUUAUCUGAUCUAAAGAGGUUAGGGUAUCAGGUGGGAUACAUGUCAUACCUCCUUUGCACCAAAUUCCCCAAAAUUUCACUUCAUGUGAAGGGUUUUGGAUUUUUUCUGAGGGAAUUUGCAAAUCACGGCUUUCUAAGUGAGAGAUUAUUUUCUGUUGGGUAUCUCUCACUUCUUCUAUUUCAUCUUCUCCCACAAGGAUAUCAUCAAUGUAUUGAUAAACAGCCACAUUGUCAGCUUUGGGUAUUUUUUCUAACUCUUGGGCGAACUUGUGAUGAGCCAGGGUAGGAGAAUGUUUGUACCCUUGGGGAAGCCUAGUGAAAGUGUAUUGCUGUCCUUCCCAUGUGAAAGCAAAAGGGUCCAUAUCUUC